UAAUCGUAAUCUAUAAAAUGGAAAAAUACACAUACCUGGUCACACGAUGCUCAUACAAUGGUUUAACAUGUUAGUAAUAUUAGUGUAUUUUGUCAAGAGUAAUACAGAAGUUAUAUAAAGAGGGAAUAUGCUGUAUAUAGGUUAUAUAAAGGUUUCUAAAAAACGUUUUGGUUUAUUUGGGUGCUCUGAUAAUCUUCAAUUUGUUACAUGCGCUAUUACAUGAAGAGCUAAAUAAAACUGAGGACACUUCAGACUAUGAGAGCGGUAAGAAAGAGACUGACCUUUACACUAUGAAGGGUGUCAUGGAUACAUGCGUAAACAUGCCUCAUAUACACACAGCUACAGUGAUCUACAGAUAUGCUUGGUGUUAUAAAGAGUAGUUCAAUUUUAUUCGUAAACUGUGUGUCAAGGGCACCAGCAGGUGGAUUUUUAUAUAUAUAAUGGAGUGCUUAUUGGGAGACCCAACGCUGGAAGAGGAAUUCAGCCGCUUAAGAAAGCGAGAUCUAUCAGAUACCUACUUAUUUCAAAUGUCAUGCGGUUCAUUGGGGCCACAGAAAUGUAAAAACAGUGACAUCAGGAAGCAUAUUGUGGAUAAAUUGAAUACCGCUCGUGCACAACCGAGACACUUCGGCGUUUUACCUGAUAAACCCGCAGCGGGCAGAAACUCCACUGUGUUCCCACGUUAUCCUGGAAAUAAGCCCGUCGAACAUCCAGAGUGGAUCAGCGAUCGAAAGGCAUUUCGAGAAGCUCUUGACGGGAUGGGUGAUCUGCGCAGAUGGCUCCAUAAUAAAAAUAUUCUCACUGACCUGGAGGUUCUCGUAACGGAGAGACGAGCUAAGAAGAAAUCUUAUCCCGAAACAUAUAUUUCACCAGACGCGGGCAAUUCACCGCGCAUGCUCAAACUCGAGAUUGAAGAAGUAAAACGGUAUCUGUGCACGCACACGCUAAGUGCACGCAAACUCGCCAAACUUUUAGACUGGUACGGGACUGGUCAAAUAAAGCGUGCAGACCUUCGUAUGUUGUUUGAGAAGGAAGGCUUCUUAAUACCAAUUGAGAGGAUGAAUGCACUGAUGAUCUCGUUAAAGAGUCAGGAUGGAAACUCAGUAGCUGUAGAUGGCCUGGCUGCUGCUAUUCAGGCCUGGAGCAGAAAGCAUCAGGAAAUGGAAGAACAAACAUUAAACUUUGAUAGUCAGAAUGUGGAUGAUUCAAGACAUAAUUUGGAAACACGUGGAAUCACACCUGAGAGAAAAGCUCAGGACCAGGAGGACAUACAGGAUGUGGAGGUGUUAGCGAUCAUGCGAAGAGUUCUGGCAGCAACCAAAAUCUCUUGCCCUUCUUCUCUUGGUGGACUAAUGGGCAGAAACGUUGACCAUUUCAGAGGACAUUGUUAUAGAGAAUACUUGAAAUCAGUGGAACUAUGUCAACAACGGGGACUUAAUGUUAACCAAGCAACUCUAAGAAAAGCCUUGGUACACCCUAGUGACAUGAUGUGUAGCAGCCCCAAACUGGAAGGUAAAGGUCACUUCCCAGGACAUAAUGGACGAGAACAGGUCCUGGCCUCCCUCAGUACACCCAAAGCAUUUAGUUUGGAUCGUAAGGAUGGUGUACCACAUAAGGGCUAUAAGAAGCUAAAUAAGCAGUCAGUUCGCUGGGCAGACCCUAAUGCUUUCUGGCCUGGAAAGGAAGAUCAUGUGCGCUUGUUGCUGCCUGUGAUGACUCGGUCCCCUGCAAUGGUUUUGUUUCAGCACAUAGAACAUUCUGCUGCACCAAGUCCUGGAAACUGGCCUAUAAAUCAUUUAGGAUACUCUACUUCUGGAGAUAUAGAAGCAUGCAAGAUAUAUACCCUCUAGAACUUUUUGAUGUUUAUGCACUUGAUCAUUCUAGAAAGACAUUUGUCACAGUGUUAAAGGGAUAGUUCACCCAAAAAUGAAAAUUCUGUCAUUUUUUUAGGAUGGCACUAUAAGACGUUGUUUGUCUGGAGAGCGUAGGCGUUUACAUAGGUCUGAGUUAUCGAUGGGGGGGUACGUCUUUUUGAGUGAAGUAUCCCUUUAAGCAUGUUGGCAUUCGAUGUCCUCUGUGUUAAGUCUAGAAUAAUUGUAUGUUGAACAUCAUUUCUUUGUCCACUUCAAGUCAUCAAUAUAGUAGUGUCAUAUUGGUAGCCUUGUUGUGCUGUGAAGUUAAACCACUGGUGAACAGGGAAACAUAGAAGAGUUUGGCAUCCAAUGAAUCAUCAUUGGUGGUCAGAAUAUGCAAGAAGUUUGUAACCUGAUUGCCUCUGACUUGAUAAAGCUAG